AUGAAGCACCUAUCAACAUUGGUGCUUGCUGCUCUUAGCGGGUAUUUUCAGCUGGCUCUCGGUGCAGAUGCCACAUUCUACGCCUGUUAUAGCAACCAAGGGAGUUUGGUAGUCAAGGGAGAGGACGACUUCCAGUCGAGGGGCGCAUGCCGAGUAACAUGUGUAGACGACGCGAAAGCCGCUGGUGGUCCAGGAUACUCGGUACAGGCAAUGACGAACGAAACAAUUUGCUUGUGCUCACAAACACUUCCCAACGAUAUUUAUAAAGUUGACGACAGCGACUGCAAACAAUCCUGUCCUGGAUAUAAAACAGAAACAUGUGGUACUCGCUUGGGCACAUAUUUCUCAGUGUACCUGACAGGUUUGGAAGAUGGCACUCCUGAUGAGGACCCAGCGCCUUCAUCUUCUUCAUCCUCUGCUACAAGCACAUCAACCGAAUCUGCUUCGUCAACCUCAUCCACGGCAGCAGCAUCAACUACCGCAGCGCCCGUUACAUCGCCUUCUGCCACCGCUACAUCCGAACCUUCAAAUUCAGUCAAUACAGCAGGUGUUGCCGCUGGAGUAGUCGUUGGAGUGUUUGUAGUUGCUGCUAUUGGUUUUGGGGCGUUCUUCCUGAUGAAGAAGCGAAGAAGAGAGAGGGUUGAGGAGGAAUACAGGAAAUCUGCAGCAGCAAGGGAGUUUGCAAGGAAGCCUGAACAGGAUCAUCGGCUGGAUCCCGUAAUGAUUCAAAGGAGGGACAGUGUCGGAAGCAUUGCAGAUAACCAGGACUAUUCUCGAAGGAUUCUUAAGGUUACAAACCCAGAUGGAAAUUAG